UUUAAGAGUAUAUAAAAGAUUAUUAUUCUUCGCAGCAAGGUACUUGGGUUUCCCCACUAACUUUCCUCAUGGCUCUCGUAUAAAUUGUUCGCUUUUGCUCUCGAGUUCUCCAGUGUUCGUAUAAGCACCGUAUAUUGGUUAACUGGAUCAACUCGUUCUUAUCAACUUACCUUUUUUCUUAAGAACAAACCAAUUCCGACAAAGAGAAACUAAAGCUUUCUAGCUUACAAUGAAAGGCAUUCUGAUAAUUUUCUUUUGUAUCAAUGGCCUUGCUUUUACUCAACAAUCGGCCGAAGAGCAACCGUUGGUCACUGCACCAAUUGGGAAAAUUCGCGGUUCUAUUUUCACUUCUAGACUUAGUAGAAAGAUCUAUUCGUUCCGUGGUAUAAGAUAUGGUGAACCACCUAUUGGACAACAACGUUUUCAGCCUCCAAUACCAGCAAAUGAUUGGCGAAACAUUUUCGAUGCAACUGAAGAAGGACCCAGUUGCCCUCAUCCCGGUGGCAAGAUAAUGUCAGAAGAUUGUCUGCGUUUAAAUGUUUAUACUACUAAAUUACCAUGCAAACAUGAAAACGUAUCGAGACCAGUCAUGAUCUUCAUACAUCCAGGCGGCUUUUACGGUUUCUCUGGACAGAGUGCAAAUUUUGGACCACAGUAUCUACUGGAUAAAGACAUCGUCUUAGUUACGAUUAAUUACCGUCUUGGGACAUUAGGUUUCUUAAAUACUGGUGACAGCUUGGCGCCAGGUAACAUGGGCCUAAAGGACCAAGUCUUGGCCUUCCGCUGGGUUCAAAGAAACAUCGCUGCCUUUGGUGGCAAUCCAAACUCCGUCACUCUGUGUGGUUAUAGCGCAGGAAGUUACAGCACAAUGUUGCACAUGGUGUCACCAAUGUCUCGAAAUCUCUUUCACAGAGCAAUCGCAAUGAGUUCUUCAGCUAUUAAACCGGAAGUUUAUAGCGGCAUAUCGCAACAUGGACAGCGAGAACUUGUUCAAAAGCAGGCGCGGUUGUUGGACUGUCCCACUGAUCCAACCAGUUCUAUGAUAAGCUGUUUCCGCUCGAAGCCUGCAGAAAACUUCACAAAUACAUUUAACUCUCUAUUCGAUUGGCGUGGAAAUCCCACUUUGCUUUGGUCACCAGCUGUAGAACCGGAUGUUCCCGGUGUCAAAAGAUUCUUAACCGAUCAGCCGUACAACUUGAUAAAGCAGAGAAAAUUCUAUCAGGUUCCUUUAAUAAUAGGAGUUACUGAAGAUGAACUUGGUGGCAUGGUUGCGAAUUACGAAAGAGCGGCACAAAAUGGUAACGACACCAUAUAUCGUGAAUUGGAUAAAAAUUGGAACACUCUCGCUCCAAUCGUAUGUAGAUACGAACGUGACACGCCACGGUCAAAUUACGUUAGCAGAGAAUUGCGGAAAUUCUAUUUCGAUGAUCAGCCAAUUAAUUCGACUAACAACAGAAAACUCACUGAACUUUUCGCUGAUUGUUUAACUAUAUUCCCCGUGUACCGAGCAGCCAGAUUAUUCGCCACGUAUUCUACACAUCCGGUGUACUUUUAUAAAUUUACAUUCCAAGGACGAAGGAGCUUCAAUAUGUUGAACGAUAAACCAUAUGGUGUAACGCAUCACGACGAUUUGCAGUAUCUUUUCUUCAUGAAGACUUUCUUCCCGUAUUUCGAGAGCGAUGCGCCCGAAAUCCCUAUGGUGGAAAUUUCUACGAGCAUAUGGUCGAACUUCGUAAUGAAUGGCGAACCGAUUCCCAAAAACGAUGACAAGCUCAGGAAUGUGAAAUGGAGUAAUCUGAUACCUGAGCAAACUAACUUCUUGGAGCUCAAUCUUCAUCCGUCCAUGAAGACCGAGUUUUUCCCUGAAAGAAUGCGCCUGUGGGAAACACUAUUCCCAGCACCUUCAGUUCCAAGUACAGCGAAACAUUGAAUCUACGAUUGAGAGCCUGUUUCUCUGGUUACUGAAUCGAUAUUGGAUUCAAUAAAGCAUUAAUAUACCGAGCGCAAUGAAAAUAUGUAGAUGUUGCUAUUGUUUUUUUUUUUUUUUUUUUU